AUGGUUGUGUUGUUCUCCACCUACGGAGGUGUAACUGAAGCAAUGCGCGAGGCUCUUUUACAGGAACACUAUCUUCCCCGGUCGUUGGACUGGGAUACACUUAAGAGAAGUUCUUGCUUGGCGUGGAGGCGCGUCUUGAACAGCUACGAGCAUCUUUUCGCCACCGUAGAGCGAGCUACAGGCCUCUGCAGUGUGGCCUCUUUCGGUGUUCCCUUUACAGCUUUACUUCCCUCCUUAAACCCCUUGUUGCCAGUGGAUCAACUGGGUCAGCUGGCAACCGUGAAUGAGUUUAUGGUGUGUUUGUGUACGCCCAUCAGUCAAAAAGGCUUGGGUGUGCUGAGUAGCCAUAUUUUGCCGUCUAACGCUCUCGCCAGCUCAAUACGGCAGUUUUACUGGGAUGGUGCGGAGGGGAACUUUCCAGCGGCAGUUUUGCAAGUGAAGGGGAAUUGUGCACUGUUGCUCUUGCUCGUUAGAUAG